AUGGUUUUUCCUGGUUUUUCAUUGUGAUUUUCUCCAGCUAAAAUAAUAUUGAAAAUUGCAGCAGCCUACCAUCUAAGGACGCAAUGUUCUCAAUUGUAGAUUUUUACGGUAAACAGUCUAAUUAUAGCUGUGGCUAUUGCAAGCAGUCAUCUUCCUGCCAAUCUCACGGGAUGUGGGCUCAUACAAUGACUGUAGACGAUUAUCAGGAUUUGAUCGAUCGUGGCUGGAGACGUUCCGGGUGCUAUUGCUAUAAGCCCGAAAUGAGCAGCACUUGCUGUCCGGCGUACACAAUCAAAUGCGAUGCGAUGAACUUUAAGCUGAGUAAAUCACACAAAAAGAUUAUUAAGCGAAUGAACAAGUUUCUGAAGGAUGGUCAAAGGGACAAAAAUAAUUCGGGAGUCAGCAGUCAUGGGGGUACCUUAGGUGAUAUAGGGGGCGAUUUGGAAAUGGGCGAUCUUGCCAAGAAUCCACGAAAUAAUUUGAACAUUAGCAGUUCAGACGUAGUACCCUGCAAUGAAACAGUUUCGGUGCCGAGGCCAGUACCAGUGACAGAAAAACUGACGGACACCAAAAAAGUUUCAAAAAGUAGUACUUUGAAUUUAUCUAGUAAUUCACCAGAAGUUGACACUAGUCCAAAACCGAAAAAGGCAAAGCUCUUAAGGAUCGCGAGAAAACGAGAAAAACUUGUACGAAAAGGAUUCAGUGUUGAUGAAAUAGAACGAAACAUGCGAGAAGUUAAAGGAAAAAAUGUAGAAAAGAGUUUAGAAGAUUUUCUGGACGAAGCACCAAAGGAAGACGAGGAAGCGGCUCAUAGAUUGAAGCUUGUCACUGUUUGCACCGCAAGUGACGAAUUUAAGCGAAGUCUUGAGGUUUCGUUUGUCCUAUACAAGAAGUACCAAACCGAGGUGCACAACGAUCCGCCCCUUAUGCUCGAAGACUAUACGGACUUUCUGGUCAAGUCACCGCUCAAGUUUACAAUAGGGCAGAAUGCACCGAGUUGCGGACUGGGCUCCUUUCACCAGCAGUACUGGCUAGAUGAUCGCCUAAUUGCUGUUGGAGUCAUUGACAUAUUAUCGCACUGCGUCAGUUCUGUGUACUUUUUCUACGAUCCGGAAUUUCGCUUUCUAUCUCUUGGAACCUACGGAUCUCUUCGAGAAAUUGCGUUCACACGCAAGUUACAGCAACAGUUAGACAGCAUUACUAGUUACUAUAUGGGAUUUUAUAUACACUCGUGUCCGAAGAUGCGAUAUAAAAGCAAUCUUAGUCCAUCCCAUCUGCUUUGUCCAGAGGUUUUUAGCUGGCAUGCACUGGAUGAUUCGAUUAUUAGAAAGCUAGACGCGAACAAGUACUCCCGUCUUAAUGAGGAUUCUGAAGCAACCGAUCAGGGUGCUGUACAGCAGAAUGAUCUCGUGAAUGUGCUGGUUCUGAAUGGUAGUACUUAUAUGCGAUACUCGUCCUAUAUGGAAAUGGAAAAUUUGACGACUCCCGAAGAAAUUGUACUUACCUACUCGAAGUUGGUCGGAAAGGCUUGUGCGCUACGAAUGUUAUUGUACAGAGGAUAAAAUCUGUUGUACGACAUGUAUCUUUUUGUAUAGUUCAUUUAUAUGUUCAAUCUUUAAGAGAGUCUCUAAAGUCGCUUUACCACCUUGUAGUUUGUAGCUACACUAGUUCCUUGAU